GUACCAGUGCUGUGCCUGGAGCAAACUGGAUCCUCUGGGGCAGCGGCUGGGCUGGGAGCUUGGAAAAAAACUGACCCAAGGAAGAAAAACCAAGUGAAAGAGGACUGGAGCACAGCAGGGAGCCAUCCUGUGUGUGGGGCAGGACCUGGGCACUGAGCAGCAGGUUUCCCACACCGCUGAGCCAUCAGCUCCCGGGGGAAGAUGAGCAUUGCGUCGGAGCACAAGCCCCUUGGGAAGCAGGUCACCGGCAGCCUGCACACAGUGAGUAAGUUGUCACCAAUUGUGGAGUUAAAUGUUGGUGGGGAGAUGUACACAACAACACUGAGCACCUUAAAGAAACAUCCUGGCUCCAAGCUGGCAGAGAUGUUCACUGGCCAGCCCAAACUCAGGACAGACUCUGAAGGGAGAUUCUUCAUCGACAGGCCAGGCACCUAUUUCAAAUACAUCUUGGAGUACCUGCGCAGUAACCAAGUGCCCACCCAGUGCAUCCAGGAUGUCUACAGGGAGGCGUUGUUCUAUGACAUCGAACCUCUAAUCAAGCAGCUGGAGGACUCCCCACAGAUCUUCGGGGAGCUUGUGGCGAGGAAGCAGUUUCUGGCUCGUGUGCCCAGCUACAGUGAGAACAUUGAACUGAUGAUCCGCAUCGCGAGGGCAGAAGCGGUUGCAUCCCGCCGGUCCAGCGUCAUCGUGUGCGUGGUCAGAACUGAGGAGGACGCGGCCAGAUGUCAGGAUGCCUUGAACAGCUUGGACAUGGAUAAAAAAUCCGUGGUGAAGUUUGGCCCCUGGAAGGCAGCGCCAAGCAUUUCUGAUCUGCUGGACUGCAUUCAAAUGGAUGUUGAAGCCAAAGGGUAUAAAAUAUCCUUCCAGCCCCACAUUGCUGAAAAAGGUUUUCGCUUCAAAUCGCAUGACUUCUUCUACAAGUUCCUGUUCACCUGGUGGUAGCAAAGUGCCACCGUCGAUGGGGAAUGGAAGAAAGCAAUUAUUAAAACAAUUUAACUUGGAUUGUGGAAACUAAGCCAUGGACUGCCAGAGGGACAGGAAGAAAUGCGUGGGCCAAUGGAAGGAACUUCUUUGGUCAUUUGCCAAAUUAAAGAGCACUUAAGACCCACUGUUUACUUGGUCUUUAGGGGAUAACUGUAUGAUUUAAAAGGUAUCAGGAAAAGGAGGAAUUUCAGUCUUUCAGCAUUGCUGAGUAUUAGGUAGGUUCAGAGAGCCAGUUCUGAGAGUUGAGCCAACCUCACCCAGCCUAAGAGAAACGAAUAAUCCCAAAUAAAUCUUGUGCAGAUGUGGAGUUGGUCUCUCAGUGUAAACGGGAACAGGUCACACAUGUGUAAUUCCCAAUGGAAACACUGAAAGCUGCAUUAACACAUGCUCAAAUUAAAUUUGGAUCCUUAAUGAGAAGGGAAAAGCUCUUCUUCUCACUGCUUUCCACACGAGAGCCUAGGUUAAAAAGGAUUCACUGUCCCAUGCUCUCUUCUUGUUCCUCCAGUAGACAACCUACUCUCUAGCCAAUGUAUUUAUUACCAUUAUUUAUUAUUUAUUCUGAAGGAAAGACAGAGAACCUCAGCUAUGGUCCAGGAUCAAAAAAAGGCAAAACCACCAUCGCUCAUGUGAGGAGUUUAUAAUCUAAGGGCAUGCACUCCUCUCUCAGGCCACACUACUUUAAUCUUUUCCUUAUGACAUUCAUUAUUGUUAUGAUACUAUUUCUAAAUAUAUAAGCUUCUGGAAGAGUAGGGAAAACUCACUGUGAUUUGAUGGGAAAGAAGAGCUACUGAAGCAAUAGCCUGGGACCUCAGUGCAAAUCCUCCCUUACAGAACAUGACUUGGGUGCUACAUUGCGUUUUAAAAAUCUUAGUAUUUGAAAGUGUAUUUUUAUACUGGAGGUGGCUGUUAGCUUGGUUUUAAUCACUUUGAAAAUCAUAAUGGCUCAUUUGAUUAUGAUCAUAUUUCCUUCUCAGAAGGUGGA